GUAAUUAUGCAAACGCUAAAAACAGCACGACUUACAUCAAACCCGGCAUCAAUUCCGACUUCCAGCAGUAGCAGUGCAAUAAGCGCAGCAGCAAUUCAAAAGACGCUUGAUGCCGUGAAUCGCCCACCAGCAGUCAGAGCAAGUGGAAUUCUACGUCACCGUACCCUGCCAGCUCCAACACAGGAGACUGCCCACCAUCUUGAUGCGGACCCAAAGACAACUGAGCUCAUGGCUCGCUUCUUCAUCAGCCAAGGAAUUCCGUUCGAAUGUGCACAUGAGCCAGCUUUCCUGGAGCUUAUGAAACACGUGGAUCCGAACUGUGUGAUUCCACCUACAAAUGUAACGAAAAAACUUGUGGACAAAAUCAGCACAUCAUCUAAACCGCAAGUCAAUUACACAAAGACUGUUGGGCCACUCAGUGUUACCAUCGACAUUUGUGGAGAUGAGGACGAAAAGUAUCUGGCGUUUUCGAUUCAUUACUUUGAGGAUUUGUACGAGCGCAAAAAUGCGAUUUAUCUGCGGAAAUUGCUACUUACCGAGCUAGACAGCAACAGUCUCCUCACAAACAUUCGUCGUUCCGUCAACAGCUACAGCUUCUCAAAUGUCAAGUUUACGAACAUUGUGUGUCCAAACGAAGAGAUUUGCAAGCUGGUUGAAGAGAGUGCAGUUGUCAAACGAUACAACGUUUGCUUCUACAACUACGUUACCCGUUUUGUGGCCGAUUUGAUGGAAAUUGAAGAGUUUUCCAGUGGGCUGACACAAUUGCGAACAUUUGUUCGUUAUAUGAAACAAAAUUCGGAUAUGUAUAGCAAAUUUAGAAGAAUGCAAUUGCAAAAGAAUGCGGAACUCGACAUUCCGAGUAUUGACUCUGGCGACUGGCAUUCCACUGCGAUUUUCCUCACAAGAUGUCUUGUUUGGCACGACACGUUUACCGAGUUCUGUGGAAAAUUAGACAUCCUCCACUACAUUGACAAUGAAACAUUCAACCACCUUAUAUACCUCCAGCGCCUUCUUCAACAAUGCAUGAAACAUUGUCGAGAGCUCAGCAUACCGAACAAUUCGAUUUCUCAAGUUGUGCCAGCCAUCAUGUCAAUUCGCAACUUUAUUGCAUCGAACUCAAUGGGAUAUCGUUUCCAAAAAAGAAUCCGCGAUUCGUUUACUACUUCAUUCAAAGAGAUUACUUCAGGACCAUCACAGGAUCGAUACGAUAUUGCUACUCUUUUGGAUCCACGUUUUGCCUACAGAGAUACGGUUUAUACAGCACAAACCUGGAGAUCGCUCGAGAAAAAAGUCAUCGACGACUUUGUAAACUCUGAUCUGCAAAAUGACAAAAACUUUUAUCAAGAUAUUUCGAUCCUGAAUCAAGAACAGCGCUAUGAUAUUAUUAAAAAGGAGUUUGCUUAUUAUCGUCAAACUUCAUUUGUCGAGCGGCCCGAAGAGAAUGAGAAUUCGAAUCAUUGGUGGGGAAUGCGUCAGACGGAUAUGGAAUUCUUGGCGGUGAUUGCUCGUGAAUACUUGGCAAGUCCUGCAGUUUCUAUAGACGCUGGGUACUACUUUGGGAACGGUGGAAAAUUCCAACACAUCUGCCACACCUACUCUCAUCAACGCCUCGAGAACUGCUUGGCACUUGCUGGAAACUAUCAAACAUUUCGUGGAAAAGGAGCAUCGGUGGAUGUCAUUUCUCAAUCAAUGAUUGAGACUUUAAAUAACACUGCAAGUCGUCUUCAGAAGCAGGUUCACCUUGGUCUUUAUGCACACGGAGUUGACAACAUCUCUUCUGAUCGAGAUGUGCAAUCCAUUGUCGGCCAUCACUACCCUCCGAUGCCAACAGUUGCAAACUAUGACAUUCCACACGUGCCGAAAGAAGAAGAGAAGCCUCCAGUGGCUAACCUGCAAAGUACAUCUAGCCCAGCGACGUCCUCUCCAACAAUCAUCCGCCCUCGUGCAGCACCUCCACCGAGAACACUGGCUCAAGGAAGACCAAUCCCGUUGAAUGGGAAAGAACUCAAGGCUGUUCCAAUCAGGCAGAUUCCGCUGCAAGUGAGGCCGUUGCCACCGAGACCAGCCAAUGUGCCAAUUGUGCCAAGGCCAACUGUUCCACAACAGUUUAUCAAAGCACCAGCUCCGAAACCUAUCACACUUCAAGCUGUUGUUUGCAGUAUUCCAGAAAAGGAAAUCAAGAAAGAAACUGAAGACGUAGCGCUGCUGGAGAAAAUAAAGGAUGAACCACUGGAUGAAGACGAUUUUAAUCAUCCUUCAACUGAUCCGGUGCCAAACCGAACGACUGCUUCUUCACAAGGACCAUCUUCGUAUCCACGGAAAAUUGUAGUACUGGCCUCAAAACUACCCACGUCGCAAAGCUCAUCACCAUCAACUGCAACUUCUGCACAAGCUAGAUCCCAUGUUACCACUGCGCAACUGAUCCGAUGUGGGCCAAGUGAAGGCACCGUUCCACAAAAAAUUCAUUCACACAACUUUGUGCAGAAGUUUGCUCAAAAGCAAAAUUUUGUUCACAAGUAUGCACUGAACUCACAAGACCACACAGGCAGGCUCAACCAAACUGUACCCAUGAGAGCUGCGCUGAGGCUUCCAAACAGCGAACAAAAGUCAGGAGCACCUUCUUCGAUCAAUGGAAAAGUACAGAGGGAUGACUUCAAAUUGGAACCACUGGACGAUUUCAACGGAGAACCCGACUAUGACAAUUUAAUUGGGGCUCAACGGCUUAUGUACAGUGAUAAUCUCAAUGACGCAUCGGCAGAAGAUGCGUUUGCAAGGCAUCGUGUGACUAUGGAAUUCCAGAAGCGCAGAGCUUGCAACCGUCGCUGUGCAGUAUGUGGUCACUUGGAAAUCCACGAGCGUCUGAAGAAUGUGACGAUUGAAAAUGAAAAGCUGUUGAUUAUGUUGGGCUGUAUUUAUCGCGGAGAAUUUACUCUAGGACAGGCACAGCUUUUCAUGGCGCGUGAGAGCAAAACGUACAUUUGCCGUCUCCAUUUCCUGGAGACCCUCGACGAGAUCUACCAGAUGCUACGUCUGAAAUCUGCCGAUGAUAUUCUGAUUUGCCCAUUGGACUUGAUUCAGAACGCAUUGAUCACUGUUUCCGCCCUCCGUCCACACAUUAUUGCUUCACAACUUCGAAAGAUUCUUCACGAUUUUGCCGAAAGAAAUAAUCAUCUUCGUGAAACGCCAGCGGAAUUGAAGAAACUUGGACAACAAUACUUUGACUACCGCGAGCCCGAACCUGAGCCAGAGAGAAACGAUGUGGAUGAGCAAGAAAUCAUACCGAAACUCUUUCGCCAGCCACGCAAGCAAGUUCUGGAAGCUGAUCAGCAUGACGGAACUGUCAAGGUUAUAGAGCAGGAAGAUUUCAAGCUCCCAACUGUCAAACCGUCUGAAAAUGAGGAAUGCGACAAUCCGGGCGUUUGCUGCUUCUGUUCGAAACGUGGCGACCGAGGUGGAAUGCUUCGUGUCCCGAGAAGUGAGGAACGUUUGGCUAGAUGGGUGGAUAAGCUUGGACCAGAAUUUGAAGCCCGACUUCACACCAAUACGGAAAACCUAAUUUGCCGAAGCCAUUUCCCAGAUGCAGCGUUCAGCAGUCGUGGUAGACUUUUGAAAGGAAUGAUUCCAGAUGCUGCUCCAGAAAAAGUUGAGACCACGUAUAUCAUUCAAGGGAACAACUUCCUCAAACUCAAAGAGCGCAAGUCUGGAACUGAUAAGAAUUCAGCCAUUGAUUUGGCGAAUAUGUUAAACCCCGACGGUGUUGAAUAUACUCAGGAAGAAGAAGAAGAAGAGGAAUAUGAAGAAAUGUCAAGAUCCCCAACGGAAGAGACUUCAGACGACGAGCCCAGUCAAGCAGCAGUUUACAACAAUGCUCCAGUGAUAAAACGUACCUAUAGAAAGCGGGAGUUGUCAAACGAGGAUGGACCUCUUAACUUGGUAACACCACCUGCUCAUACUCCGAACCCAAGAGGGCGCCCAAGGAAGUAUCCCAAGAAUAGUGUAACACCAGAAGCUGAAAAAAGCCUCACCGACUACGACUACAAUCCGGGAACAUCUCAACGACGUGCACUUAAGAAAGGUUACGUACAACUCGAAGACGGAGAAAUUGUCGGCGAAGAUUGCGAAUACGUGCCUGAAAAAACACCAAGUGGAAGAUUGAUUCGACAAGCUGUUGCUAGACGAAGCUUUGCUUUUGCUGAUGAGGAAGAGGAGGAGGAAGAGUAUGAAGAAUCUCCAAUUGUUAAAAAGCCCAAGAUUGCUGGAAGACCAGUCGGACGACCGCGCAAAGAUGCUAAUAAGCUGCCAACCCCCACACCACCCAGCAACGAAUAAGUGGAAAUAUUUUCAUCCACCGUUCCUGAUUGUUGUUUUUAUAUAUAAUUUUUUCUCCAUUGAUGUUUUUGAUGAUUAAGUCAUACGCAUAGUUUUACCCUGUUACUUUGAUUGCCCUUAAAAUUACCACUUUUAUUUUACCUAUUUAUUUUAAUCAUCAUUCAUCUGAAACCUCACAAUGAUGAGAUGAUCUCAUCAUUUUUAUAUUUUGUAGUUUUAUAUCAGUUUUAUAAAUGUUCACCGAAAUUUG